UCUGACCAUUUCAGCGCUGUUCACUUCUCUUUUUCUCCAACCAAGACGACAGGAUGAACUCGCUGGUAAAAUGGGCGCUGUUUCUUUUUGUACUCGUAUCUCUCCUUUUGAAUAUUAUUCUAAUUGGAAUAUAUUCUCACCGCGCUCCCAAAUGUUCCGCUCAGCGCGCGCAUCCUCUGAGGGGAAAACACGAUGAGCGCAGCCGCGUGUUUGCAGACCUUACUCAGGAUGAGUACUUGCAGGUCCAGCAGUAUAUGCUCAAACAGAAGAACUUAAAUAUAUCAACCAGGCAGCUGUCCAAACCCUCAGAAAACUUCUUGUUCUUAAUCGAACUUUUUCCGCCCAAGAAAGUGGACGUGUUGUCCUACUUGGAUGGGAACGCUUCCAAGCCCGUGCGCGAAGCCACCGUGGUGGUCUUCCACGGUUCGAGGAGCUACAUUAAGGAGUAUUUAGUGGGGCCUCUUCCGAACCCCACAUACCAUCAAGAUAUCACCAAGAAGAAGUACAAGACAGAACUUCCUAUUAACGCGCGCACGGUCACCAUCGGAGAAUAUGACUUGUUGACAAAGUUUCUGCACCAAAAAUUAUUCUCCCAGCUGCCGGAACUCAUGAGAGAGAGCUUCGGCGCCAACAAGAAGAUCCUCCCGUUUGAGCAAAUGCCCCGAGGAGUGCAAUCUGGAGACAGAAAAACCUGGGUCUCUUUCUUCAGGAAUAUGAGCGGCAUCUACAUCCACCCGGUGGGUUUUGAGGCGCUCAUUUGUCACGAGAGCGUAAAUGAAUCCGAAUGGAAAGUGGAGAAACUUUUGUAUAAUGGUCAGUAUUUCGACACGGUGGAAGAACUUCGACAGAAAUAUGCUGCUGGAUCUGUUAAGAAAAUCGUUUAUAAGGAGAUACCUGAUUAUGGUUCUCUGAAACCCAAGAGCAAGCCUCUGCAGGUUAGCCCGCUGCAGUAUUACACAGAAGGAAAACGCUUCAGCGUCAGUGACAACCAAGUCCUGUACCUGGACUGGAGUUUUGCUUUUGGUUUGAGUUCCCUCACUGGGAUGCGGGUCUUCGACGUGCGCUUCAAGGGUGAGCGGAUUGCGUAUGAGCUGAGCGUACAGGAAGCCAUGUCGGUGUACGGGUCAGUGACCCCGGGGAUGAUUAUCACCAAGUUUUUAGACUCCAGUAUCGGGAUUGGUCGAUUCGCACAUGAACUUGUCCGUGGUACUGAUUGCCCACACGAAGCCACCUAUGUGGACACAUACCGAUAUAUCGACGUAAACUCACCGGUUCGAUUCAGGAAUUCCAUAUGUGUUUUUGAGCACAACUUUGGUCAGCCUCUAAGGAGACACUUCUGUGAUUUUUUUAGUACGGGUUAUGGAGGGAUGGUGAACAGCGCUUUGGUGUUCAGGACAAUCACUGCAAUCGGAAAUUACGAUUACAUGUGGGAUUUUAUUUUCUACCAAAGUGGAUCUGUUGAAAUGAAGGUGCACGCCACGGGAUAUAUUUCGUCGUCUUAUCUGGUGAACGGGAGUUUGAAACAUGGACACCAGGUAGCAGAAAAUGUCCUGGGAAAUAUCCAUACGCAUUUCAUCAACUUCAAGGUGGAUCUGGAUGUUUUAGGAGUGAAGAAUAUAUUCCAAACCAAAGAUAUGGAAUUUGUGAAUGUGACAUUACCAUGGAUGCCCGAUCAUCAUGCUAUGGUACCUCAUUUGGUGGAAAAGCAACUUAAAACAGAAAAGGAGGCAGCUCUUCGUCAUGGUACAAAAACUCCUCGUUAUCUGCACAUUGCAAGCAACAAAACCAACGCUUGGGGUCAUCAGCGUUCAUAUAGACUUCAAGUUAUAAGCUUCACUGGAGAUCAUCUCCCAGAGAGUGAGACAGUGGAACGAGCCAUUUCCUGGGCCAGGUAUAAGGUUGCCAUCACCAAGCAUAAGGAGUCAGAGCAGACCAGCAGUAGUUUGUAUAAUCAAAACAAUAUGUGGAACCCAGCAGUUGACUUCAGCAAAUACAUCGAAGACAAUGAAAACAUUGAAAAUGAGGAUUUGGUUGCCUGGGUAACCACUGGAUUUCUCCACAUCCCACAUGCGGAGGAUAUCCCCAACACUGUAACUGUGGGGAAUGGCGGCGGCGUUUUACUGCGACCCCAUAACUACUUUAAUGAGGACCCUUCUAUUCAUUCUACUGAUGGGGUCUACAUAAGUUCAGGUAGUGAAGAAAGCUGUGAAUACAACAGGAUGGGCUGCCUUGCUCAAGAGACCUGCAGCCCUGUACUGGAACCCUUCACAUAUAAUGGCUUUGAAGGAGUCAUGAAGUUCGAGGACUGAACAGAUGUUUUUUUUCUUGCGAAAGCCGCAAUAAAAACAUUUUGGGAUUGUGGUGAUUUUUCAUCUAGUAAGAACAAAGCACAAUAUAUGAAACACACACUUAUAGACUUACAGGUAUGCUCACAGAUAAUUUAACAAUGUUUAACAAUUUUUAAUUAUUUUUUUUUAAAACAUUGAUUGUCAGGCUUGUAUAUUUUCUGAUCCUGCAAAAAUGAUUAAAUGGUUGAGUGGUAAUAUUGGAAUUACACAACAUGUAAAGAGGUGACUGCUGAGAAAACUGAAUUUAUACACUUUGAGGUGAAAAGCUAUUUUAAUUCUUCUUUUUUAUUCACUUAUUCGGUUUCCUCUCUAAUUUCUACAUUUUUUUUUUGGCUGAUUCAAGUCGUUCCAACAUUAAAACCAAUCCAACCUU